UAUUAGGUUUGCGUUAAACCUGUAACAAAGAUUUUUGGUAGCAUUCAUUCAUUCACACAUUCAUACUCGCAUUAUACCACAAUGUCGAGGCUACUUGGAAACAUAUCGAUUCUAAAACGCUCCGUAUCUAAUUUUGAGGCCUCUAAAAUAUGUUUACUGGGAUCGUUCUUUCAGACAAACAGUUUGGCUACUAAAGGUAAAAAGAAAUCAAAGUCCGACGGAACUGAUUCGGGUGAAGAAAAUAUGUCUAAGAAAGAUCUAGCUUUGAAGCAAGCAAUUGAUCAAAUCAAUACUUCUCAUGGAAAGGGCUCUAUCAUGUUUCUCGGUCAGUGUGCUUCUCCCCGACAAGUCCCGGUGGUAUCUACCGGAUCUUUUGCAUUAGAUAUAGCACUCGGAGUCGGCGGAUUUCCAAAGGGACGUGUAGUGGAGAUAUAUGGUCCAGAAGCUUCCGGGAAGACAACUCUUGCUCUCCAUGUAAUUGCUGAAGCACAGAAACAAGGAGGUUAUUGUGUAUUCGUUGACGCGGAGCAUGCUCUUGAUCCGUCAUUAGCCGAAGCUAUAGGCGUUAACACUCGGGAUUUGCUUGUGUCACAACCAGAUUGUGGUGAACAAGCUUUGAGUCUUGUAGAUACUAUUAUAAGAAGUGGUUCAGUUGAUGUUGUUGUUGUGGAUAGUGUUGCUGCCCUUGUCCCUAAAAGCGAACUCGAUGGCGAAAUGGGUGAUGCCCAUAUGGCAAUGCAAGCUAGGCUUAUGAGCCAGGCACUUCGUAAAUUGAGCCAUUCGUUAUCUUCAUCACAGACUAUUUUGAUCUUCAUUAAUCAGGUAAGGUCAAAGUUGGCUACAUUUGGAUUUGGUGCACCCUCUGAAGUGACAUGUGGUGGAAACGCUUUGAAGUAUUACGCGUCAAUCCGUCUAAAUAUUCGGAGAAUAGGACUUGUCAAGAAAGGGGAAGAGACACUAGGAAGUCAAGUUCUAGUAAAGAUUAUGAAGAACAAGCUUGCGCCGCCAUACAGAACCGCACAAUUUGAGCUGGAGUUUGGCAAGGGCAUAUGUCGUGAAUCAGAGCUCAUAGAAUUAGGUCUUAAACACAAGUUCAUCAUGAAAGCCGGAGGUGCGUAUUACAGCAUGGAAGACAGGAAGUUUUGUGGCAAAGAUGCUAUAAAACGUUACUUAGCUGAGAAUUUAACCGUACGUGACGAACUAGAAACCAAAUUAAGGGAAAAGCUUGUCGAUGAACCAAAAAAGGAAAAUGUAGAGGCAACAGAUACGGAGGAAGACGUUAUUGCAGCAGAGGCCUGAUCCGGAAAUGGCUAAUUUGACCUCUUGUUGUAGUUUGCUCUCAAUUUUACGGUCUAAAUGUGACUAAACGAGCUAUUAGUCUUUAACGGGAGAUCUUAUCAUGAUCCAACUCUUAGUGGAAAGAGGAAAAAAAAUGCUUCGACGGUGGCUCUAAUUUAUGAGCGCUCGAGCUGGGAUCAUGCACCCUUUCCGACUUGUAAAUACGAUAUUUUUUUGUCUAAGUGUAAUAUCAUGAAGGAAAAACAGUUAAAUAUCA